AUGUCAAAGGAACACAUCAGUCGAUAUUGCUCUGUACUUUCCCUCAUUGACAGGAAGGACACAUCAGUACCAAAGCUUGUUGAUCAGUGGCUAGUGUCUAACAGGGUCCUCCGGGUGGGGGAACGAAUGAAAUUACUCCACAUUUCAACAUCACCUCCAAUGACUCGUUCAGCACAGAAACCAUGAGAAAUAUGUUUUCUGUCAUCGUGGAGAGGCAAUUUAACAACAAUGGCUUUGAAAUGCAGAUAAGAAGGUUCUCCGAGGCACAGUUUAAUUGCGUAGAUCGCAUUGUCCAUUUCAAUGCUAAGAUCGUCACCGUCCUACAUUGCAUGAUUGGAUUUGUUCGCUCGUUGUACGGACUGGUUGUCUGUCUGUCUGUUCUUCUCUUUAUCUCUCUUUUGAUUGAUUUUAUAUGAUUUUCAUGUCUGUCUAUUUGCCAGUCUGUCAGUAUGUUUGUCCUUCCUUCUGUACGUUUAAUCGCUAGAGAGAAACUUGUACAGUGUAUAUUUCCCUAACCUUUGAUCCAACCAUACUUUAAGCAAUAUCCGUGGGAAACGGGGGCGUCAUGAUGAAUCAGGAAUUCUGGUUCUAUUAGUGUUAUAUCUAUCUCAGCUCUGGAGUUUAAUCAUUUAAACCCUGAGAACGACCAGCAUCUAAUUUCUCCUCGCAAUAAUACUGCUAAGUUCUCCUUGUGAGCAUCAUAGGAAUGUAUCACAAGCGUAUGGAGAAUAUGAAUACUGAUGUUAGGGUGUUAAGGGUUAAAUGGAUACCGAGCAACUGUUAGGGAAGCUAAGAAAAUACUUGGGGAAUGCCAUUCAUUUCCUUUGUCGCUUACCGCUACAGUCUUGAAAAAAUGGAUAAGCAUAAACACUCACGGGUUACUUUCUGUCCUUUAUUGUUUUUACCUUGGAAUUAGCUGAAAAAAAAGGGGCUCACCUUUACUGGUCUCGGACAAAUGUAAGUGGUAAUACAGGGCAAACAAAUCGACUCAGUAAUGAUGGUGCGUCAGUUGUCGUCAUUUACAGCUAUGUUUAUGAUACUUGUAUUUUUUUACUUUAUCAGAUUAUAAUUAGCGCCUUUAACGAGGUGUACACCCAGGCCAUUACCAGCUUCCCUCCUACACCAUCUAAGUCACACUAUGUUUUCAGUCUCAGAGAUUUUGCUAGGGUAGUACAGGUAAAAUAAUUAUGAUGGUAAAUUUUCUUCCUUCAUCCUCUCCAAUAAACUUAAACGCCUUUAAAGAAGCGUGAUCCGUGUAGGCCAUAAAGAGCAAUUUAUAAUGUAGUGUUGAAAGUAAUCCGGGGUUGUUUUGGUUUCGCUUUACCUCGCUCGUGAUUGGUCCCGAAAACCAAUCAGAUGCAAAAAUUAAAACCAAUCGCGACUUGGUCACUCACGUUUUGCCGCGCUUUGGGCAGUUUGCUCGUUUUUACUUUACAAUACCUUUUGGAGUCCUCAAACAGGCAAAUAUUUCGUGAAACCAUAUCAAUACCUUCACGAUUUGAUGUUUCCUUCCCUUUUACUCCUUACGUCUCGCUAUAGAAGUUUAGGUCCACUAUAACACACCGUGGAAAUCAUAAUUUAGUCUUUUGAUUUUCCUUAUUUGCAAAUUCUCAUUAAAGGGGAUUCUUCUAUUUCCCGGAGUUUGUGCCACUCAUCCAAGGAAGCAGAUCAGAUUGUGGGUUCAUGAGGUCUACCGGGUGUUCUCCAUUAGAUUGGUUGACUCUGAGGACCGGCAAUGCUUCUUUGAGAUAGUUAAGGUAUGGUAA